CACUCAGCUGCGCUAUCCUUACAGCAACAAAUGGUCGCCUAUAGUUACGCAAGAAGGUUUAUAUUGUAAAAUGAGAAUUGAAUGGCUAUCAGUUUUGACGGUUCUAUUCGCAACAUGUAUAGACUUCAUACUGGCUGACCCGGAUUUGAGUCUUGUAAUUCAAGAUGGAAAGAGAGACCUCAAAAAUCCAGACAACUUCACUAUGAGUUAUACGGUUCUCGCAAAUGCAGAUAACUUCACAGUUUACGACGAACAAGGGAGUGCUACAAAGGAGGGAACUCCGAAAUUGGAAUGUACACCAGGAGAGCGCCCGGACCCAGUAGAUUGCUCUAAAUAUUACUGGUGCGUCGAGAAACCAGCUGGUACAUUCGUAGAAUACCAUGAAGAUUGUCCUGGAGAUCUGGUGUACAAUCCUCAUACUCGUCUGUGUGUGUCUUCUGAUUCUUUUAAUUGUUUAGAGAAAAUCCAGUACCCUCCUUCAGUGUGGUAUCCGCCACCGCCGCCACCAUAUUGGCCACCACCACCGCCGCCACCAUAUUGGCCACCACCACCGCCACCACCGGCACAGACAACAACAACAACUACACCAAGACCCCCAACUUGCAUUGGAUAUGGUUUCAUUUGCACAAGCCAAACGACAUUUACAAUGUGUGCUGAACCCGGUCGUCCAUUUGCAUCCGAUAUAACUUGCCCCCAGGGUUAUUUCUGCAACGAUGUUUGCGCGUUUCCAUGCCUUCAAUACGUGCCGAACUGUUAAUAACAUUCUAUGGGCGUUGGCCUCAUUGCACCGGUACCCAUUCCUAUUUCACUGCAGCUGGGUCGUAAUAUCUGCAAACCACUGUCCACUAGGCCGUCUCUCCGUCCGUCCGUCCGUCCGUCCGUCCGCUCACUUACAAAAAUAUGACAUCGUAAUUAUAUGUUUAUAGCUUGUGUGACGCCGGGAUGCAGUCUCAGGAAGUGUACAAUCUUAUCACUAGUACGAACAGGAAUUUUUAAAAAUUUUUUAAACAUCAUAACUCCUGAGACCUUUAUUCGCCCUAGAGUCGAAUGGUGGGAUCACUGGUCAUUGAUGAAUGGUAAAGGGUUUGAAAGGAACUGGUCGUGUCCUAAUAAAGGUAUUAUACGGGUAUUUUCCAUGAAUGAGAGAACAACAGUAAACCUCCCUGCAGAAGUUCUAACCGAACAUCCCUCUAAUACUACGUAUGAAUCUAUUGAUUUACAGCUACAUUUGCCUGCUUGAAGGAGCGGAUUGUGAAUAAAAACAGACACGUAACAUUCAGAAUAAAUUUCAUUAGCGAAUGUAAAGAAACAAUUCAUAUGCAAGGAGAAGCUUAACCAAGGAAA